UCUGUGUGUGUGUGUGUGUGUGUGCUUCGUCUUGUUGUCCGAUGACUUUUUUCCCACUGAGCUCAGACAGUCUGCGAGUGUAAAAGUGGACAAAAAUGUCGGAUUCAAAGGUGAAAGUGGCAGUGAGAGUUCGGCCUAUGAACCGUAGAGAAAUUGAACUGAAUACAAAAUGCGUGGUGGACAUGGAGGACAACCAGACAGUUCUACACCCACCGCCUUCCAAUUCAAAAGGAGACAACAGCAGGAAGCAAUCGAAGGUGUUCGCCUUUGACCACUGUUUCUGGUCCAUGGAUGACUCCAACAUUCCCAAGUAUGCCGGUCAAGAGGUGGUGUUCAAGUGCCUUGGAGAGGGAAUACUUGAAAAUGCAUUCCAGGGAUAUAAUGCCUGCAUAUUUGCGUAUGGACAAACAGGUUCUGGCAAGUCAUUUUCCAUGAUGGGGAACGGGGAGCAGCCGGGUUUGAUUCCUCGACUGUGCUGCUCGCUGUUCGAGAGGGUCCACAGAGACUCAAACGAGGCCCAUACUUUUAAAGUGGAAGUGUCCUACAUGGAAAUCUACAACGAGAAGGUCCGCGAUCUAUUGGAUCCCAAAGGGAGCCGACAGUCUCUGAAGGUUCGGGAACACAAAGUCCUGGGUCCAUACGUGGAUGGUUUGUCUCAGCUGGCCGUGACCAGUUUUGAGGACAUCGAGGUGCUCAUGUCGGAGGGGAAUAAAUCUCGCACAGUGGCAGCCACCAACAUGAAUGAGGAGAGCAGCCGAUCUCACGCCGUCUUCAGUAUUAUUGUCACGCAGACGCUCUACGACCUACAGUCUGGGAAUUCCGGGGAGAAAGUGAGUAAGAUGAGUUUAGUCGACCUGGCAGGAAGUGAGCGAGUGUCCAAGACAGGAGCCGCGGGGGAGCGACUCAAAGAAGGCAGCAACAUCAACAAGUCUUUGACUACGCUAGGUUGUGUGAUUUCUGCGCUGGCUGACCAGUCAGCAGGAAAGGGGAAAGCCAAAUUUGUGCCUUACAGAGACUCUGUCCUCACCUGGCUGCUUAAGGACAAUCUUGGUGGAAACAGUAAAACAGCUAUGAUAGCCACGGUGAGUCCUGCAGCAGAUAACUAUGAAGAGACUCUCUCCACUCUGCGCUACGCUGAUCGAGCCAAAAGGAUCGUCAACCAUGCCGUGGUGAACGAAGACCCCAAUGCUCGAAUCAUCCGGGAGCUCCGAGAGGAGGUGGAGAAGCUCAAAGUUCAGCUGUCGCAGGCAGAGUCCCUGAAGGCACCUGAGCUGAAGGAGAAGCUACAUGAAUCUGAGAAACUCAUCAUGGAGAUGACCGUCACUUGGGAGGAGAAGCUACGAAAGACUGAAGAGAUUGCCACGGAGCGCCAGAAGCAGCUGGAAAGCAUGGGAAUCUCUCUGGAAACAUCUGGCAUUAAAGUGGGUGAAGACAAGAGUUUCCUGGUCAAUCUGAAUGCUGAUCCGGCCUUGAACGAGCUACUGGUCUACUACCUCAAGGAGCUCACGCAUGUCGGCGCUGACACGUCUCAAGACAUCCAGCUCUUUGGGAUCGGGAUCCAGGCUCAGCACUGUGUCCUGGAGCUGUGCCAGGAUGGUGAUGUCACCUUGAUGCCCAUAGGGAAUGCCCGGACUUGUGUAAACGGAACGAUGAUCGAUUCUUUGGUGCAUCUCUGGCACGGAGACCGUAUCUUAUGGGGCAACAACCACUUUUUCCGGAUCAAUCUCCCUAAACGAAAGCGGCGGGACCGUUUGAAGGAGCUGGAGAGGGCUUCUCCCAGGGAGAGCUUUGUGGAGGUGGAUGUGGAGACGGCCAGUGAGGCAUCUUCUGAGCAGGACUACAGUUAUGAGUUUGCCCAAAUGGAGGUCAUAAUGAAGACUCUAGGGAACAACGACCCCAUGCAGAAUGCCGUCCAGGUCUUGGAGAAGCAGUACCUGGAGGAGAAGCGCACGGCUCUGGAGGAGCAGAGGAUGAUGUAUGAGCGAGAGCUGGAAUCGCUACGACAACAGCUUUCUCCAGAGAAAACACAACAGCACCACCGCAGCAGCAGUGAACGCCUCACGUUUCAGACCCACACACCACACAGCAAGCUGCGACUCUGGACAGAGGAAAGGGAUGAACUUUUCCGCCAGAGUCUUUCUCGGCUGAGGGAACAGGUCCUGAAAGCCAACACGCUGGUGCGAGAGGCCAACUUUUUGGCAGAGGAGAUGAGCAAACGCACCGACUAUCAAGUCACGCUUCAGAUUCCUGCAGCCAACCUUAGCGCUAACCGCAAGCGUGGAGCCAUAGUGAGUGAGCCAGCCAUCCAGGUGCGCAGGAAGGGAAGAGGUACUCAGGUGUGGACGAUUGACAAGCUGGAGAAUAAGCUAGUGGACAUGAGAGACCAUUACCGGGACUGGAAGGAAGGCUCAGAGGAGGUUUACAGCAAGGCUAACGGUAAACACUGUGACCCAUUUUACGACGCACAAGAGAACCACAACCUUAUAGGAGUGGCUAACAUUUUUCUGGAGUGCCUUUUCCAUGACGUCAAACUACAAUAUGCGGUUCCCAUCAUCAGCCAACAGGGGGAGCUAGCAGGAAGGUUGCACGUGGAGCUGAUGCGAGUCAGCGGCGCUGUCCCCGAACGCCUAUGCGGUGGAGACGACUCCUCUGAGAACUCCAGUGAGAGCAGCUGCUACGAGGUCAUGGACACCAAUGGGGAGAUCGUCCACAUGGCCAAGAGGCUCAUUAUCAGGGUUCGCAUCAGGGAAGCGACAGGGCUGCCUGUCAACCUGUCCAACUUUGUAUUUUGUCAGUACACCUUCUGGGAACAUGGCGAGCCCACAGUGGCUCCUCCAAUGGUGAGCCCAGAUAGGCCGUCCCAUUUGAGUCCAGACACGCACUUCACGGUCCAGUUUGACCACUGCAAGGACUACGUUGUACAUGUGACGGAUGACUUUUUGGAGUUCAUAUCAGACGGAGCGUUGGCAAUAGAAGUGUGGGGUCACUGCUGUGCCAAGAGUGGACGCUCUCCAUGGGAGUUAGAUGCACUGGAAUCCAAGACCCAGACACUCCGAGACAGGUGGAGCGAGGUGUCUCGCAGGAUCGAGUUGUGGGUCUCCAUCCAGGAGCUGAAUGAGCAGGGAGAGUACUCUGCAGUGGAGCUACAUCCUGGAAAAGACAUCAGCACAGGAGGAGUCUUCCAAUUGCGGCAGGGUCACUCCAGAAGACUACAUGUCAGCGUUAAGCCGGUCCAAAACUCGGGAACUCUGCCUCUGCUGGUGGAAGCGUUCCUGUCUGUGUCCAUCGGCUGUGUGACCGUCCGAUCCUCUAAACUGCAGAGACCCCUUGACACCUACCAGGAGGAAGAUCUAAGCUGUGUAAGAGAGCGAUGGUCGGACGCUCUCAUCAAACGACGGGAGUACCUUGAUGAACAAAUCAAGAAGAUAAUCAACAAGCAGGAGAAGUCAGAGGAGGAUGUUGAGCGUGAAGCCCGGCUGGUGGAACAAUGGGUCGGUCUCACUGAGGAGAGAAAUGCUGUUCUUGUACCAGCACCUGGAAGUGGCAUCCCUGGAGCUCCUGCUGACUGGACCCCACCUGCAGGAAUGGAGGCUCACAUCCCAGUCCUUUUCCUGGAUUUGAACGCUGAUAAUCUGACAGUGAAUGAGCAGCUGACAGGCCCGCACGCUGCAGGCGUUAACUCUAUCCUUCCCAAGGAGCACGGAAGCCAGUUCUUCUAUCUUCCUAUCAUCAAGCACAGCGAUGAAGAGGUGUCAGCAGUGUGCUCCUGGGACUCGUCCAUCCAUGAUUCUGUGCACCUCAACCGGGUCACGUCCCCUCACGAGCGCAUCUACCUGAUCCUCAAAGCCACGGUGCAGCUCAGCCAUCCUGCCUCCAUGGAGCUGGUCCUCCGUAAGAGAGUGGCUGUCAACAUCUACAACAAACAGAGUUUCACACAGAGUCUCAAAAGGAGAAUGUCCCUCAAGAAUACCCUUCACUCCUGCGGUGUGACCUAUGAGAUUGUUUCGAACAUACCAAAGGCCUCAGAGGAGCCGGAAGAAAGAGAGACCUUGGCCCUCAUGGCGGCUCGUGCCGACAGUGAGGAGACUCAGGACGGAGAAACCUACAUCGAGAAAUACACUCGGGGAGUCCUGCAAGUGGAGAACAUUGUCAGUUUAGAGAGGCUACGACAGGCCGUGACAGUGAAGGAAGCACUGGCUGCAAGAGGAAGACUCAGAAGAAGCAUCAGUACACCAAAUGUACAAAAUUCGUCCUGCAGUAAAACAGACCUGACGGGUUGUGAGGAUGAAGACUGCAAGGACCACUGUGAUCACGUUGACAGCUGCAAUCCUCAGGAUGGUUCUCUCUGCAGCACACCAGUGAAGAACAAAGAGGGUCCAGGUUUGCUUCCAGAGAGUCCGACGUUCUUCAACUCGAGUCCCUUCAAGCUUCUGUCCCCUCAGCCGUCCAAGUUCCUCAAGUCCCUGCUGCCUGUUAAGGAGGAGAACAAGGUGAAGAAAGUCCUGGAGGCGCGUCCGUUGCUGGGACAAGAGAGCAUGCGCUCAUGUGUGGACAGCCCUGCACUGCUCCCCCCUCCCUGCCCCUGGCGCCGACCCAGGGCAGGCAGCGAGGGCCACUGCAAGCCUACCACCCUCACCUCCACCUCCACCCCCGCCUGCAGGCAGCUCAGCCACACACUGCCACGCGGUGCUCAUGAGUCCGAUGAGGAGGAGACUGAUGUGGACAUGACUCUCAAUCUGGACCGGGGCCCUCAAGACCACUUCCAGGCGUUCAUCCCAGAGGACUUUGCAAACUUCGACAUCUACAACGCCACUCUGGAGAGCCGCGUUGAUUUCAAGGAGAGGAGAGAGGUGUCUCGUAGCCCCACCACGAGCAGCUGCACCAGCGGUUACUUUUCCCACAGCGCCUCGAACGCUACGCUGUCUGACAUGCCUUUCACUUCCAGCGAGAGCUCGGAUCAUCUCAGCUGCGCUUCCAGAGAUUCCCAUGACCCCCUAGGAUGUUCUUCGGGAAGGGGUUCCACACAAAUUAAAGGUGUUACUACCCCUGGUAGUGAAGAGCCACUUCCUGUCACUCCCCCUGCUUCUUUACCUAUCAGUGUUCCAUGUGGGAAGCAGAAAACAUUCCCUCAAAACUGUGUCCUCAGUUCUAGCCAGGAGUUUACCGACUUUAAAGGAGCUGAUGAUACGAUCACAGAAGAGGAUUUGGACCAUUUCACAGAAAGAUGGCAGCAGGACGCUGAUGAGAUCCGCACAAACGCCUCGGCUGCUGCACACAAACAUUCUGUUACAAGUACCAUUUGCGCCUCAGUCACACCUCCGGUCAUCACCCCGUCUCCAACCUGUGCAUCACUUCCUCCUCCAGCAUCAGCAUCACCACCCGGUGGCACAACUUUGUCCAAAGUCCAAACCCUGACAGGAGGAGACCCCCUGGUCCGGGAGCCAGCGCAAGGAGACGUGCCCCCUCACGGGAGCCCAUGUCCCAGCCCGAACCCCAGCAGCACGGAGCCCUCGGGGGACUCCAGCGGGGAUGAGAGCACACCCGUCGCCCAGCUUCCCGAUUGGAUGGCGCCCGGGGAGCUGGUGUGGGUCGGGAAGAGACGAGGAACGGUCCACUAUGUCGGAGGGGUGGAGUUCGCUAAGGGGAUCUGGGUUGGUGUGAAACUGGACCUGGCUGUGGGUAAGCACAAUGGUACAGUCCAGGGGAGGGUGUACUUUCGAUGCCCGCCAGGACACGGCGUGUUUGUGAAACCGUCUCGUCUCGCAAGAGGACCGCCCUCCAUGGACACAGAAGCGGCCACACUCAUCAGAUAAGAUAACGAAGCUACAAUCUAAUCACUGAAUAUGCACAUGCUCUUCAUGCACAUACUUUUUUUCAUAUGUUGAUGACUUUGGAGUGUGGAAAUAUUAUCGCCACUUCAAGUUAUCCUAUUUUUCUAUUUUUUCCGUUCAUUAUUCCCCGAGGCUCAUAUGAUGAUUCAUCUGGGAUAUGAAGAUGAAGAAUGUACUACUGUUAAUAAUAAGCAUUGAUAUUUUUUCAUCAAUAUGUGAUAUAUCAGGGGCAACCAAAGAGUUUCAUAUCUGCUGUUAGAAGGGUUGCAAUGGGGGGGUGGAAAAGGAAUUUCAUGGGAAUUAAUAACAAUUUAUGGCAAUUAAUUGAACAAGAACAGAAUACAAUGGCGUCACGGCGGUCGAGUGGUUAGCGCGCAGACCUCACAGCUAGGAAACCAGGGUUCAAUUCCACCCUCGGCCAUCUUUGUGUGGAGUUUGCAUGUUCUCCCCACAUUCCAAAAACAUGCUAGGUUAAUUGGCGACUCCAAAUUGUCCAUAGGUAUGAAUGUGAGUGUGAAUGGUUGUUUGUCUAUAUUUGCCCUGUGAUUGGCUGGUCACCAGUCCAGGGUGUACCCCGCCUCUCGCCCGAAGACAGCUGGGAUAGGCUCCAGCGACUCUCGUGAGGAAAAAGCGGUAGAAAAUGAAUGAAAAAGAACAGAAUAUGAAAAUGCAGGGUAGAAAUGAAACGUUAAAAUGUUUUUUUUAACCAAAUGAUGCUAAAAAUUAAUAGUCGUAUUUGUCAUUUUGCACAACUUCCUUGAUUUGAAUCUUUGGAUUCGACUUAAUUCCACAUAAAUUCCACUAAAAUUCCCCUGAAAAUAGAAUUUCAACCUUUGUUUUAAGUUCCGUAUUGACCUGAAUAUAAGACGUCAGUGUUUCUGACAGGACUUCAGUGGUGAUUCGGUGCGUAAUGACGUCUAAUGGACGCUUUAGAAGAGAGGAAUAAUAGAAAGUGAGUAUUUUUUUUUGCUCUGGCUUCUUAUUUUAUUUUAUUUUUAACAUUACAAACAAGACAGUCACCUGUGAUGGCUUUGCGAUGGUGGAGACGACCACAGGGGGACCCGCUGCUCGUUGAGAAGAGCCAUUUAAUGUACAUAUAUGUUGGUUUCUUUUCUUAAUGUUUUUUUGUCAAACAUUAAGAUUUCGCACUUUGUUUGGUGGUCCCUUGAACACAACACAGUUACUGUAUGUGUUAUGAGAUACAAAAGACUGCCGGGGUUUAAACUGCUUUCUCAAUAUAUGUAGUGACAAAGUUGCCGAUCCCUCCUGCUACAUGUUCUUAUUCUCUGGCAGACCAGGUGUGUAUCAAGCGUGUUACGUAGACAGCAUUAUCUUAAAAUUAGCAUCAGAACUCCGCUGUUGUGUAACAAUUUUUAAGACACUUUUUUUUUUGCCUGUGGGUGGUGUGAGUGACAGGAAGAAAAACCUCUGCAUGUAUAAUUUUUUUUUUUUUUUUUAAUACCGCCUUAUAUUGGGGUCAAUGCUGUACUGUUUUUUUUUUCGACACGGGGGAGUACAUUGUUGAUAUGUGUUUAACCUCAGUGCCAUGUCUCUAUAUGGAAUAAUCCCAUCUAUAUGGAAUAAUCCCACGUAUCCUCAAAACCUGUAUUGCCUUCACUUUUCUGUGACUGUCAUGUUGUUGAAGUACUGUAACGACGUGGAUCACCCCCCGCCCCCCAAAAAAAAAAAUCCAGCAUUAAAGUGGUGCUGCUGGAACGCUUGCACUGGAAAGGAUCCUCAGAGACGGUCUUCCGUAUGAUAACAGCUUUCUCUUUUGGAAUUACAAUUUUCCAGGCUGUGUGAGCAAUGCCUUAUUUACCUGCUUCCGUUAAGGCGGACAUGUUAUCUUUUAAAAAAGUGUGUACCUGUUAAUGUGUGUGUUUUAUUAAUGGCUGCUCAUAAUGCCACUGACUUAUAUGUGUUUUUAUUUCCAUUGACUGUCCAUGUGAAUUUUAUAUGCUGACUGAUACGUCACACCACAUGUUAGCAAGGUACUCAAUAAUGCAUUAUGUGUCCUGUUCAGGAUCAAAUGACUGUGUGAUGAAGAGUGUCAUGUGACACAGAAACAACGCUCUAUGAACAUGUGGUGAACUGUGGACUAGAAAUAAUGAUAUAUAAAUACAUAUAUUGUAUGUAUGUAUGUAAAAAUGGGGAAGAAAAACCAUGAUCUUACAUUCGUUAAAGGUCAAAGCUGCUCUCCCUUAUAUGGAGAUGUAAAUACAGGUUUUUGAAAAUAGUAUUUACGCUGUUAUAAAUGUACAGAUUUUGUAUUUAUGGUGUAUCGAUGUUUGGUACAAGAAUGUUCUAGAAUAGAACAUUUACAAUCAA